GUUCGAAAACAGCUACUCUCGGGCUGCUCGACAGAGUUGUCCUAGCCCUGGAAUGCCGAACGGAGUCAGGGGCGACAAAUCGAAGAGGCCGAACCUGUAUACCUUCUCAAUCUCAGCUGCUGAUCUUCUGCUUCAAAAGCGCGGUUGGCUGUCGACAUGGAGAAAAAAGAAGCGGAGCUUGGAGAGUGUUCCAGCCUGCUGUCAGGGGAGGAGGAUAAAGAGACAUUGACAGCUGCGCCCACUUGCAGCUGCAGCAGCCAGCCACCAUCCUCCGAGGACAGUCGGGAGGAAGAGGAGGACAAAGCUGAGCAGCCGGGCGAUCUCUUGAGCCACCUGAGCCAGUUCCUGUACCAGAAGCUGGGCUUGGGCAAUGACGAGGAGCCCGUGCACAUCCUUGACGAGCCCAGCAUAGAUGGAAUUGUGCGAUACAUCCAGGGUGGCAAAUGCAAAAACAUCAUUGCCAUGAUUGGAGCAGGCAUAUCGACAGCUGCAGGUAUCCCCGACUUCCGCAGCCCAAACAGCGGCAUCUACUCCAAGCUGGGGAAGUUCAACCUUCCCUCACCUGAGGCUAUCUUUGAGAUUGGAUACUUUCGGAGGAAUCCAGCCCCAUUUUAUGCCCUGGCCCGCCAACUCUUCCCACAGGAUCUUAAGCCAAUGCUGAGCCACUACUUCCUGAGGCUGCUUCACGAGAAGGGCCUGCUGCUUCGUCUCUACACACAGAACAUCGACUGCCUGGAACGUUUAGCAGGCAUCCCAGCAGAGGCCAUUGUGGAGGCACACGGCACUUUCCACAGCUCCCACUGCCUGUCAUGCAACCACGAGUACUCCCUCGACUGGCUGAGGGAGCAGAUAGCUGCAGAGCCUGUGCCUCUGUGCUUGGACUGCGGCUGUCCUGUCAAGCCAGAUAUUGUGUUUUUCGGCGAGAGGCUGCCGGACCGGUUUUUUGACCUAUCUGAAGAGGACUUUGCCAGGUGUGACCUGCUGCUCAUCGUGGGCACCUCCCUGCAGGUGCAGCCAUUUGCUGGACUGGUGGACAAGGUUCACAAUUCCAUUCCUCGGCUCCUGAUCAACUUGGAGAAAUGUGGCCACAGCAACCUGGUCAGCAAAAUCCUGGGGCUUGGGUGUGGCUUGGACUUCGACUCGGAGGCCAACUUCAGGGAUGUGGCACUCCUGGGCACUUGUGACAGUGGAUGUCGGGAGAUGGCUGACCGUCUGGGCUGGAAGGAUGACUUGUUGCGGCUCAUUGAGCAGGUGGACGUAGCCAAGGCAGAAGCAGUUGAAGCCAAGGCAGAGGCUGAGCAGAAAGUGGCUGCAGGCCAGCCGGAAAUGGUCAAGCAGCUUGGAGAGGCGUCCGAGAAGUGAUGGGAGCCAGUGGUGGGCAGCUGCACCUGCUUUCCCUGGCCGGUGGCCGUGCAGAACUAGUAGCUGUUGAUGUUCCUAUAAAGCUUGGUUGACUGUUCA